GAUAGAUAUCAGAUGAAUAAAGUUUUCUUAACACUUCUGUUAAUUGCAAUAGCUAAUACAAAUGAAGUCGAAAUGAAUUCUUAACACUAUAAAACUCGAGAGAGAAGUAUCCAAUGAGUAUAUAUCUCAAGGCUUGAGUUUUUAGGAGGCCAAUGAUAUUAAUACAAAUAAGUUUACAUGCUAAAUGGGUUUUAAUUUCUAUGAUUACACAAUCGUAGAGUUAUCAAAAUGGGCUGAUAUAAUUGAACAUAAAGAUUAAUUGUAAAGAGAUUUAACAGUUAUUGACUAAAUUAUUAGAUUAGUUGACAAAGCGAAGCGGAUAGACGAUGUAAAAUAAUAAAGUAAGAAUCUAGAAUUUAUUUAGAAAUGUUCUUAUAAAUAACAGGAAGUCUUUCAAAUUCUUUAUUAGAUUUAUCACUUGCUUAAUUAAAUCAUUAAUGGGCAAGAGGAAAUUUAGAUCAAUGUAUAGAAUAUAUGCGAUAAUUCCAAAACACUGUAGGCUCAGCUGAGAGAGUUUCUAUGGCAAAUAAAAUUAUUGAUUAUCUAGAGAACUUGAAAUAUUAAAUAAGUAGAAAUUUAAAUGAAUGCUCUUCAUAUCAAUAACCCGCAAGAUUAAGACAAAAAGUAAGAGAUUUAUAAAUGAAAAAAAGAGAAUGUUAAGCAAAUUAAAGCAGAAAAAAUGAUUGGAAUUACAAUAAUAAAUAUGAAUAUUAUAGACCAAAAAAUUAUGAAUAAGAAUAUCGGUCGACCUAAGGUUCAUCAAUCAAAUAAGAAGAAAUUACUAAAAUUAUUCCAAAUAAAUAUUAAUCACAAGGCCCAAAGCCUAUUUUUUAUAAUGACGACGAAGUUUGUCCACAAGGUGAAGAAGAUGAUUCACCAAAAAAUAUAAGCGAAGAAUAGGGAGAAGAAAUGUUGUCAACAAUAUCUCCUGAAGAAUCUCCCGAACCAGAGCCAGAGGAGUAAGAGGUUGAAAUAGAACCUAGUCCAGAUAGUAAUUAAAAUAUAGGAGAAGAUGGAGAAGAAACCUAAUAAGAAGAUUCUACAGAAAAUAAAAAAAAAGAAAGAGAUAUUAUUAUCGAAAGAGAUUUUGGACCAGAUUCCGAGCAUCAAAAUAACUAUGAUGAACCUGAAGAAUGCACAUUUGGUGAGGAAUCGUAAAUAGAAAUUGAUCCUAGUAAUAAUAAUAAUUAGGAUUCAACAGAACAAGACAAGGAUGUAUAAAAACCAAUUAAAAAGCCAAAAGAUUCAGAAUAGGAAACUAAAGAAGAUGAUGACUCUAAGACAUCAAAUGAAAGUAAAGAAAAAGAUAAAGAUGAAGUAGAAGAUAAUGAGGAUGAAAAUGUAAAAGGAACGGAAGAUGAAAAAGAUAAAGAUUCAGAGAAAGAAAAAGAAAAAGAAGAUGAAAAAGAUGAAGGUAAAGAAAAAGAAAAAGAAAAAGAAAAAGAAGACGAAAAAGAUAAAGAAAAAGAGGAUGAUAAAGAUGAAAAAAAAGAUGACGAAUAAGAUAAAGAAACGGAAGAUGAAAAAGAUAAAGAAAAAGAAGAUGAUAAAGAAGACUAAAAAGAUAAAGAAGAUGAAUAAGAUAAAGAAGAAGAAGAAGAUUAAGAAAAAGAUAAAGAGAAAGCUAAAGAUAAAGAUAAAGAUAAAGAUAAUAAAAUUCCUUUAGAAAUUCCACCAGAAGAUGAUGAAGAAGCUGUUGAAGGUGAAUUAGUUAAAACUGAAGGUGUCGGGGCAUCAUCAGAUGGGAGAGUAGGAUCCUAAUAACAAUAAAAAGCAACAGAUACAACUUAAGAUAAAACCACAGAUAAAACUUCAGAUAAAACAUCAGAUAAAAAAACAGAUUAAUCAAAAGAUAAAACCACAGAUAAAACAUCAGAUAAAACAACAGAUUAAUCAAAAGAUAAAACAACAGAUAAAACAUCAGAUAAAACAACAGAUUAAUCAAAAGAUAAAACCACAGAUAAAACAUCAGAUAAAACAACAGAUUAAUCAAAAGAUAAAACAACAGAUAAAACAUCAGAUAAAACAACAGAUUAAUCAAAAGAUAAAACAACAGAUAAAACAUCAGAUAAAACAACAGAUUAAUCAAAAGAUAAAACAACAGAUAAAACAUCAGAUAAAACAACAGAUUAAUCAAAAGAUAAAACAACAGAUAAAACAUCAGAUAAAACAACAGAUUAAUCAAAAGAUAAAACAACAGAUAAAACAUCAGAUAAAACAACAGAUUAAUCAAAAGAUAAAACAACAGAUAAAACAUCAGAUAAAACAACAGAUUAAUCAAAAGAUAAAACAACAGAUAAAACAUCAGAUAAAACAACAGAUUAAUCAAAAGAUAAAACAACAGAUAAAACAUCAGAUAAAACAACAGAUUAAUCAAAAGAUAAAACAACAGAUAAAACAUCAGAUAAAACAACAGAUUAAUCAAAAGAUAAAACAACAGAUAAAACAUCAGAUAAAACAACAGAUUAAUCAAAAGAUAAAACAACAGAUAAAACAUCAGAUAAAACAACAGAUUAAUCAAAAGAUAAAACAACAGAUAAAACAUCAGAUAAAACAACAGAUUAAUCAAAAGAUAAAACAACAGAUAAAACAUCAGAUAAAACAACAGAUUAAUCAAAAGAUAAAACAACAGAUAAAACAUCAGAUAAAACAACAGAUUAAUCAAAAGAUAAAACAACAGAUAAAACAUCAGAUAAAACAACAGAUUAAUCAAAAGAUAAAACAACAGAUAAAACAUCAGAUAAAACAACAGAUUAAUCAAAAGAUAAAACAACAGAUAAAACAUCAGAUAAAACAACAGAUUAAUCAAAAGAUAAAACAACAGAUAAAACAUCAGAUAAAACAACAGAUUAAUCAAAAGAUAAAACAACAGAUAAAACAUCAGAUAAAACAACAGAUAAAUCAACAGAUAAAAUAACAGAUAAAACCACAGAUAAAUCAACAGAUAAAACAACUGAUAAAACAACAGAUAAAUCAACAGAUAAAACAACUGAUAAAACUUCAGAUAAAACUACGGAUAAUGAUGCCAGUGAAGAGGAUGUUUAUGAGUAAAUAGAGGUAGACGAGCCUGAUGGAAAAGGCGGCAUGCGAAAGGUAAAAAAGAUAGUGAAAAAAAGAGUAAGAAGGAUAAAGAGAACAAGUGGCUAAAAUAGUGGAUCAAAAAGUUCAACAUCAAAUGAAAAUUAGUCCAGUAAGGCUGCUGGAAGUAGUAGUUAAUCAACAUCAAAUUAAUCUCAAUAAAAAACUUCUGAAUCUUCAGAAUACAAACCUCCUAGAUAUGGAGAUGAUGCAAGCGAAGAAGAUAUUUUUGAAUAAGUGGAAGUUGAUGAACCAGAUGGAAAAGGAGGUGUGAGAAAAGUUAAAAAAAUGGUAAGAAGAAGAGUUAAAAUUACAAAGAAAUAAGGAGGAUCAUCAACAUCAUCCAAAUCAUCAACCUCUUCCUCAAGUUCCUCAAGUUCUUCAAGUUAAUAAAAAUAAUCUAUUUAAUCAUCAAGCAGCAGUUCAUCAGUUAAAGCAACUGGAAGUAGUUCAUCCUCUUCCAGUUAAUCCUCAUCAUAAAAUUCUGAAUCUUCAGAAUACAAACCUCCUAGAUAUGGAGAUGAUGCAAGCGAAGAAGAUAUUUUUGAAUAAGUGGAAGUUGAUGAACCAGAUGGAAAAGGAGGUGUGAGAAAAGUUAAAAAAAUGGUAAGAAGAAGAGUUAAAAUUACAAAAAAAUAAGGAGGAUCAUCAACAUCAUCCAAAUCAUCAACCUCUUCCUCAAGUUCCUCAAGUUCUUCAAGUUAAUAAAAAUAAUCUAUUUAAUCAUCAAGCAGCAGUUCAUCAGUUAAAGCAACUGGAAGUAGUUCAUCCUCUUCCAGUUAAUCCUCAUCAUAAAAUUCUGAAUCUUCAGAAUACAAACCUCCUAGAUAUGGAGAUGAUGCAAGCGAAGAAGAUAUUUUUGAAUAAGUGGAAGUUGAUGAACCAGAUGGAAAAGGAGGUGUGAGAAAAGUUAAAAAAAUGGUAAGAAGAAGAGUUAAAAUUACAAAAAAAUAAGGAGGAUCAUCAACAUCAUCCAAAUCAUCAACCUCUUCCUCAAGUUCCUCAAGUUCUUCAAGUUAAUAAAAAUAAUCUAUUUAAUCAUCAAGCAGCAGUUCAUCAGUUAAAGCAACUGGAAGUAGUUCAUCCUCUUCCAGUUAAUCCUCAUCAUAAAAUUCUGAAUCUUCAGAAUACAAACCUCCUAGAUAUGGAGAUGAUGCAAGCGAAGAAGAUAUUUUUGAAUAAGUGGAAGUUGAUGAACCAGAUGGAAAAGGAGGUGUGAGAAAAGUUAAAAAAAUGGUAAGAAGAAGAGUUAAAAUUACAAAAAAAUAAGGAGGAUCAUCAACAUCAUCCAAAUCAUCAACCUCUUCCUCAAGUUCCUCAAGUUCUUCAAGUUAAUAAAAAUAAUCUAUUUAAUCAUCAAGCAGCAGUUCAUCAGUUAAAGCAACUGGAAGUAGUUCAUCAUCUUCCAGUUAAUCCUCAUCAUAAAAUUCUGAAUCUUCAGAAUACAAACCUCCUAGAUAUGGAGAUGAUGCAAGCGAAGAAGAUAUUUUUGAAUAAGUGGAAGUUGAUGAACCAGAUGGAAAAGGAGGUGUGAGAAAAGUUAAAAAAAUGGUAAGAAGAAGAGUUAAAAAAACAAAAAAAACUAGUGGAGCUUCAGGAUCGUCAACUUAAGCUAAAACAAUAGCCUCAAGUUCAUCUAGUUCAUCAAGCUCAUCUAGUUCAUCAAGUUCUUCUAGUUCAUCAAGCUCUUCCAGUUCUUCAAGGGGGUCUAGUUCAUCUGGAAGUACUGAAUAAGAAAAUGCUUAAAACACUUCUAUCAGAAGUACCCAAAAAUAAGGAGAGCAAGAAGCUCAAAGUAAAUCAAAGGUUAAUCAAUCUGUAGCAGAUAGACUAAGUUCAAAAUAUUCAGAAGCUGAAUCAAAAUAAUCAUCAAGUUCUAAUUAAGAUUCAAGGGCAAUAUCAAGCAGCAGUUCAAGUAAAUAAUAAUAGUAAGUUGUAUCUAAAGAAUCAAGCAGCAGUCAAGGCAUUAGUCAAAAAAGUGUUUCUAGCUCUAGUAGUAGUUCAAGUAGUGGUUCAAGUAGUAGUAGUUCAAGUAGUAGUUCUAGUAUUUCUAAGGGGUCUAGUUCAAGUUCAAAAUCUUCAUCAGGAGCCUCCUAAAGUUCAAAUAGUAAAUAAUCUUCAUCUUCAGGAGGAAAUAAAUAAUCUUCUUCAAAAGGCUCUUAGGGAUCAGCAUCAGGUAGCGGUAAAUCAAACAAAAAGGUUGUGAAUACUGAGGAUGGAGAAGAAGUUUGGGAAGAAUUUUCUGUUGAGGAAGUCACAGAAUAUACUAUAGAUUCUGAAGGAAAUAUGAAAGUUAUUUCAUAAUCAAGUACGUAAAUACCAAAAACAAAAGCUUACUUCUUAAACUCAAUCGGAGAAUAAUAAAUUGAUCUUGAUAUAGAAUAAAACAAUAAUGAUAUUUCAAACAAUUUUGAAGAAGAUCAAAAUGAAUAAAUUGCAAAUGAUGAUACUAAUGAUUAUCUUUAUGAGAAAGAUGGAGAUUAGUAAGAAAAUGAAUAAGUUUUGGAAAGUGAUCUUAAUAAUUAUGAAAAUUUAAGUGGAGAAAAAAAUUAUGAUACAGAAUAAGAGAAUGAUUAGGAAUAUGUCUAUUAUGAAAUAGAUGGAGAUUAAAUAAUUUAUUAUGAAUAUGAUCCUGAAAGUAAUGCUUAUCAAAAAGUAAAUAUGAUGAAUCCAGAGUAAAAAAAAUCCCUAAUAAAUCAAGAUUCUUAAUUUGAUGAUUUAUUAGAUAGUGUAAUAGAUGAGAAAAAAGAUGAUAAAGAAUUACCAACUGAAUCAAUAAAUGGUAAGGAUGCAACAAAUAAAUAAGAAUAAAAACUCUAAGAGAAUGAAUAAAAAGAAGUGGCUUAAACGAACUAGAUAUUAGAAAAUUAAAAUAAUAAAGAAAAAUCUAUAGUUGGUUAAGGCUAAACAAGUGUUUAAAAUGAAUAAAGUGAAAUUAAAAGUUCAGUAGGUUAAAUUAAACAAUAGGAUUAGAAUAAUGAAAAAAUAGAAUAAAACUAAAGUGAUGUACCAAAAGAAAAUAUUAGAAAUGCUGUCAAUGAACUUUUUAAAGAAGAAAAAGUAAAAAUUGAUAGUAUCAGUUUCGAGAAAAAGGAAGUUGAAGUGAAGGAUGAGAGAGAAAAAUCUUUAAAAAUAUAAUCUUUGAAAGAAGAAUUCAAUCCUAAUGAACCAACCUAGUAUGAACCACCAAAACACAAAAUUAACACAAGGCCAAAAACUGAAAAGGUCAAUGUUCCAGUAUCAACUAAAUAUGUCAAAUCAGCAUAUGAUGGAGAAGUAGCUGAAUAAUAUGAAUUUGCAGAUAGAGAGCUUCUUUAAGAUUCCGACGAAUAUGGAUAUGGAUUUUGGAUAAGAUACACUUCAAAUGCACCAAAAUAGCAUAUCAGGAAACCCGAAACCUUCUACUUUUUAUCGCGAUUGACUUCAAAUUAGGAAUACAAAGACUUAACAUAUUAUGGGGAUAGAACAUUAGCAAUAUUUAUGAUAGAAAACUCUUUUGUUUUUUCCACAUAUGAUCAUUAAGAAAAGAAAAAAGUUAAAGAUUAGCUUGUGGCUUUAAAUGAAGAUUUAGACAGUAUGUGGUACUUUAUCACAUUCUCUUACAGCACUGCUAAAAAAGCGGCUGUUGGGUUUGUAAUUGGUUAUGGAGAUAAUAACAGAGUUUUAAAAGCUGAAAUUCAAUGCAGACAUGUUCCUCCUUAAUACUUUAAAUUAAUUGUUGGAGGAAAACAUAUGUCAUAUGAAGGAAUAAAUGGACAAUUUGCAAAUAUCUUUUACGAUAUUGAUGCUCCAGCAUUUGUAGAUACAGAAGCUAAAGCUAGAGAAAUAAUUAAGACUAUUUCAAAUGUUCCUUAACAAGUUACUAAUCUUAUAGAUUUAGAAGUGUUAACUAUUCCAAAAUUAUUUAAUGCUAAUACUGCAAGUGAUUCUGUUAUCUUAGAUCCAUAAGAGUCUUAAUUAAUAAUAGAAGAAUACAGUGUUGCAGCAUGGUUUAGAUGGAUUGAUGAUUUGAAGGUAGAUAGUGAAAAUACUUUCUAAAUUUUUAAUUUAAGAUCAAAUGAGAAGAAGUCAUAAGGAAAAGGAAUAUUAGGAGACAGAUCGCUAGAAAUGCAUUAUGUUUAUGGAGGAGGGUCUAAGAGUUCUGUAUACUUUAAUACAUAUACUAUUGAAGGCAACAAGGCAAAAGGAUCCAUUUAUUUAUCAAAAACAGUAUAAUCUCCUAAUUAUAUAUGGCAUUACGGCUUCAUGGCUUAUGACAAUGAUAAAAUGAAAGUUUAUGGAGCAUUGUUAAGACCAGGAAAAUCUGAUGAGAUCUUAUUUGAUCCAAUUCAACAUAAAUUGAUAACUAAGUUAUUCUUUACUUUAGGAGGAGAUGAUUAGAUAUCCCCUUUUAAUGGUAAAAUUGGGUAUGUUGGAGUAUACUUAGGACCUGGAGCAUAUAGAUAAGCACUUAAUUUUGGUUAAUAGUUUUUAUAUGGAGAUGGUGCUAUGGCAGUCUUUCAAUUAGUGAAACCAAUUUCAUUUAAAGAUGAUGCAUUAGAACCUAACAUAGUAAGAGAUUGUGCCUAUGAUGCUGAAAAUUCAUUAGUAGAUAAGAUUAUGAUUCAUGACGACUCAAAAUUAAAAAUAAAUGGUUAAAGUGAAUAUUCAUUUGGAAUGUGGACAAGAUGGUUGAGUACAAUGCCUAAAUAUCUAGUCUAACGAGGAGCAGUUCACAAUAUUGGUAGAUUUGGUACAUAGCCUUAUUUGAUUGAAUAAGUAGAUGGUAAAUUAAAACGAGCAAAUACAAGAUAAUAAACACCAAAAGAUUAAACUUUAGCUGUGACUCUAAACAAAGAAGCAUAUGAAUUCUAUACUUAUAAUGCUAAAGAUGAUAUACCUUUCACAAAUUUAGAAGGUUGGUGGAAUUACAUUUACUUUGGAUAUAAGAGAUUUGGAGAUAAAGGCACAGCAAGAGGAUAUGUUUAAUUUGGAGUAGAUGGAGAGAUUAAAGAAGUUUCUUUUGAUAUUUUCCAUGACUUCAUUUUGGAAUAUGUUGAAUUUGUAGUGGGUAAAUCUUAGGCUCCCUUCUUUAAUGGUCAAAUGACUAAAAUAUAAUGUUCAAUAGGACCUGGAGCAUUUAUUUAAAGUGCUGAUACUCUAAGAUUAUAUACAUAAAAUACACUUCCAGAAAAGGCUUAAAUUCAUCCAGUUUCAAGAUAAACUUUACAAUUAAUUGGAACACCAGUGAAUGAGCCAUCUAACAAAUUUUAAUUUGAUAAAUAUUAAGGAGCUUUAGAAUAUGCUAUUUCUGGUUGGGUUAAAUGGAGUGGCUAAUAAAAAGUUGGAAAAGUUUUCCAUAUUAUCACUAUGGCUUAAAAGAGAUUGGAUGAUUUGAAUGGAAAAAAUGAGGAAACUUUAAAGAUUGUUAGAUCUGAUUUAUCAUAUAUUUACUCAACUUAUUCUUGCAAAGGUGAGGAUUGUUCAUAAAUAAUAAAUAAAGAAUAGCAAUUUGGUGAAUAUUGGGAUUAAUGGACAUAUGCAUAUUUUGGUUAUUCUAGUUCAUUAAAAAAGGCAUUUGGCUACAUUAAAUAUACUUUUAGUGAUGAUAAAUUCUUGUUGAAUGAUGUGAGUCAUUUUUAUAUGGCUGUUUUUAGUAUAAUAAUUGGAAGUGAGUAAGAAAAGUUUUUGGGACAAAUGAAAACAUGGGUAAUUAAUAUUGGAUAAGGAUCUUUUAGAGAAGGUGGAUUUGAGAGUGAUGAGAAUAUAAAAGUACACUUUGGAUUUAUAAGUGGAACUGAUCACUUAAAAUUGUAAUAAGCAGGAUAGGAAGCUCAUCAUGAUGAAUAAGUUCUUGAAUGUUCAGCAAAUGGUAAGGAAGUUCCUUUGCAUGUUUAAUUUGAGUAAAGUGAGAAAUUAAAUCUAUAAGGUGUAAGUGAAUAUGGUUAUGGAUUUUGGGCGAGAUUUUAACAUUUUGCAAAUAAAGGUGUACUUUACUAAUAACCAUAGUGGAUGGGUAUGGCAAGAUUGACCAGUCAAAAAGAUUAUAAGGAUUUUGAUUAACCAGGAGACAGAGUUCUAUUAGUCUUGAUGGGCAAGAAUGUUUACCAUUUCUCUACAUAUAAUGUGCAACCAGCAUCAAAUAAUGUAAAUGGAAAUAUCCCUUGUUCAAUCGAAUCAGAGAGUGAAUGGACUUAUAUCUACUUUAGUUAUAAGAGAAUAUCUUAAACCCUUGGACAUGCUGUGGCAUUCACUUCCUUUGGUGAAAUAACGCCUGGAAUACAAAUGGAUGUUUUACAUAAUCUACUUUAAAAUUAUUUACAACUGACAAUCGGACAUGCUGGAAAGUACUAUCCAAACUUUAAUGGUUAAAUUACUACAGUCCGAUUUAAUUUGGGACCUGGAGCUUUUAUUGAAAACACAGCAGGCAUUUUGGCUAGAAUUAAGAACAAGGAUCCAAAGCCAGAUAUUUUAUCAUUCCCUAAGACUUAUGAGGUGUUUGUUGGUAAGUAGGAUGCUUAAAAACUCAAGAUUGAUAAUCCUUUAAUAAUUGAGUAAGAAGCAAGAGAGUACUCUAUUUAGCUCUGGUUCAGAUGGUUUAAGACACCAGUAAAAGCAAAUUAGGUUAUUUAUAGAUUUUCUGCAAAUAGAGCUGAAAAUGAUGCAUAAAAUAUCGGGGAUAAAGUAUUAAUGUUAGCCCACAUUGGAACUGCUUUAUUCAGUACUUAUACUUUGUAAGAAUCAGUAAUGAGUGUACCUUUUGAAUGUAAUAUUCCAAAAUAAUAACUGGAAAUUUGGAGUUUUGCUUAUUUUGGUUAUUCAAAGAAGGAAAGAAAAGUAUAAUAUUACUUAAAAGCUGAUAAUCAUGAGAAUAAAGGAUUGGAGCCUAUACUUCAUGCAGUUUCUUCUAAAUUUUGGUUAUAUGUUGGAAAAGAUGGUUUAUUGGAGAAUUUUAAUAGUAGAGUGGCAUAAUUAACAUUAAAUUUAGGUGAGGGUAGUUUUAGGAAGGAGAACUUUUUGUAAUUGCCAGUUUAUUUAUUAUCAUCAAAAUUAUUCUCUUAGGAGAAAAAGAAUAGUUGGGAAAAUAGAGGAAAGAUAGUUCUUGGUUAAGGAUAGACAGUAAAAUUUAUAGAUGAAGGAGAUAAACCAAUAGAAUCAAUGUAGGAAUAUAGUAUUGGAUUUUGGUGUAGAUUUUUAUAAACAUGGCCAGAGAGAUUGUAUAGAUUAUCUUAAGAGAUGUAAUUAGUAAGAUUGACAUCAAAUGAAUAGAUAGAAGUUGGUAAAGUAGCUAUGGGAGAUAGAAUAUUGGCUGCCCAUGUAGUAUAAGGUAAUUAUUAAUUUUCAACUUAUGAUUUGAAUGAUGAUGCUCCAAAUGAAUUAAGAACAAUAGCUUAUAAAAGAUUAGAGGGAUAGUGGAAUUAUAUAUAUAUGGGUUAUUAAAGAUAAAGUUAAUUGGCUUCAUAUUUUGUAUAUGAUGGAAAAGAUAUCUAGUAAAUUAAGAAUUAAGAUUUGUUACAUAAACCUUUGGGAGACUUUGUAAUUUUGCAUAUAGGAGGUGAAGCAGAGAUUCCUGGGUUUUAAGGAUUGAUGAGUAAAUUGGCAGUAAAUUUUGGGGUUGGUUCAUUUUAUGGAUUGAUAGAGGAAGUAAAAAAGACUAUUGAGAAUUCAUUUGCUUUAGAAUAGUAAUUGAGUGUAGAAUAUAUUCAUAAAGAGAAACAUGGAUAAUAAGAUUUAAUAGGUAAAUUAGAAACAGUGACAGAUGAAGGAGGAGGUACAGAAUUGAGAGGCGAUACUUGGUCAACUGUUGGUGAAUAUUCAGUGAGUGGAUGGUUUAAAAUAGCAGAAGUAACAGGAUUGAAUGCAAAUGAUUGUUAGAUAUUAUUAAGAGUAACUAAUAAUGAUAAAGAACACUUAAAUGAUAAAAGAACAUAAGGAGAUAGAACUCUACAUGUAUCAGUAUGUGUAGAUUCUUUGAAGUUGUCAACUUAUACAUUAAAUGGAUUGAAAGAUUGGAAUGAAGCUAAAUUCUUAGAAGAAAAGGUAGAUCUUGGUCAUAAUAGAAAAGCUUGGAUUUAUAUUUAUAUGGGUUAUAAUGAAGAUAUUUAAGAAGUACAUGCAUUAUUGCAUUUAUUCGAUGAAGAUAAACCACUUAUUUUUAAGGGAGUUUAACAUUAUGUACCACAUUAUACCGGAAUUUAUAUAGCAAAAGAUCCUUUCUCUAAAAGAUUCUAAGGAGAUCUAUAAAAAUGGGUUGCUUAAUAUGGAUCAGGGGCAUUUAUUAGCAUUUAAAAGAGAGGUUAUGAAGAUGCUUUGCCUAAUUAUAGAGCUUUAGCAACAAAUUAAAAAUAUAUGUGGUUUUAUAAAGAAGAAACAGUUGUCUAAACAGAAAAACCAAUUAUUUAAAUAUUCACUACUGAAGUUGAAUCUGUUGAUGAAUAUUCAAUUGGAGUGUGGACAAGAUGGUUAAUUUCAUUCCCAACAACUCUUAUAGAAAGAUAGGAUAGACAUAAUAUUUUUAGAUUUUCAUCUAAUAAAGAAGAUUAAGAUAAAAGUGAGUUAGGAGAUAGAGUUUUAACAGCAUUUCUUACUCUUGGUAAUUAUGAAUUCAGUACAUAUGAUGUUAUUAAACCAUCAAAUGCUCUAGAUGCAAAAUUACCAUAUACUGAAUUAGAAGGUGUUUGGACAUAUGUUUAUGCUGCUUAUAAAACUGGAUAAUUUUAUGGAAUGGUUUUAUUUAGAGAAUAAUCUAAAGCAUAACAUAUUGAACUCUAAGUAUAACAUAGAGCAUUAACUGGAUAUGCUAAAUUUGUUUUAGGAGCUAAAGAAUUUGGAUUCUAAGGAUUUCAUGGAUGGUUAUUUGAUCCGAGAAUCUUCCUUGGUCAAGGAUCAUUUAUUAGUGAAAGCUAAAAAGUUGUAGAUAUGGUACUUAAAUUACAUCGCAAAUUACCUGUUUAAUUACUUGAUUCUGAAGAUUUUAAAUGGCCUGUUUAAAUGAUUGAUACUACAAUCUAAGAUAAUAUAAAUGAUAAAAAAGAUAAAUUUUAAUACUCUUUUCUUGAUAAACAAGGUUUACUUGAAUAUUCAUAUGGAUUUUGGAUGUAAAAUGCUGUUCUUACUCCUGAUUUAACUGAUUAAUAUAGAGGUCUUGUAAGAUUAUCUACAAAUAAUGAAGGAUCUGAUGAAAGAUAUAUCGGAGAUAGAACUCUUGCUUUAUUUACUAAAACUGAUGAAAUUAUUGCCAGUACAUAUACUCUUAAAGAUCCUACUUUUGAACCUGUUACACAUACUUUCACACUCAUUCCUUAUUAAUGGACAUUUGUCUAUUUUGCUUACACUCCUGGUAAAGCUAGAGCAUAUAUUUUAUCAAUCAAAGGAUCUGAUGAAUAAAUUAUGGCAGUCAAACAUGCCAUUCCUAAUUCCUUCUAUCUCAAUCUAAUUAAAGAUUAGUCUCAUCCUUUAUUCUAUGUAUUUUCUUUUAUAUAUAUUCUAGGGUAAAUUCUAUGGAUUCAAACUCUUGUUCGGCUAAGGUAGCUACUUGGAUAAUCCUUAAGAAAUCAUUGAAAAAUGGCCUUAUGAUCCUAAAGCUCUUCCUCCUUCUCCUUAAAAAGAAGAGAAAAUCUUAUCACUUAACUCUGCCAAAGUUGACAGAGCUUAAAAUAAAAAUCAUGAAUAAUUUCAAGAAUGAUUUUUUUUGAACUUAACAUUAAAU